CUGUCAUAAAACUCAAUGAGUGAAGAUUAAUAAAAAUGUGCUCAACAAGUGAGACUAUGUUUUAUUCAUAAAAAUAUAACAAGACAAUAAUACAAUACGUUACAUGGUGUCAGGUAGUAUCCAGGGCGAAAAAAAAUAAGCAGUAGAAAACUGGAUGGCGAUGGAUUCUCUAAGAUUAAUCCCAGCCAUGGACUUUGAAAAUGGAAAUGUGGCGAAGAAUUGGACCACAUGGAUUCAAAAGUUUGAAAUUUAUUUGCUGGCUUCAGGACACGCGGAUGAUGCUGAAGAAAAGAAGGUAGCAAUUUUUCUAAAUUUAAUUGGUGAUAAAGGUAUGGAAAUUUUCAAUACAUUGGAGAUAAAACUAGAAAAAGCAAAAAUAGAAGAUGUGAAGAAACAAUUUAAAAAAUAUUGUGAGCCGAAGAAGAAUGUAGUUUACGAGCGAUAUAAGUUUUUGCAAUGCACACAAAAAGCAAAUCAAUCCAUCAGCCAGUAUAUCACAGAGCUGAAAACAUUGGCUGCAUCGUGCGAAUAUCAAGAAAAUAAUAACAUGAUAAGAGACAGAGUGAUAAUGGGUAUCCUGGACCACGGACUCAGAGAGUAGCUCCUACAAAUAGAAAAUUUUGCGCUUAGUAAGACAGAAGAUUUGUGCAGAAUACACGAACAAAGCAGAAUCCAGAUGGCGGAUAUGGAUAGUACAUCAUCAACCAGUGCUGUGGAUACCGUUGGAAUACAAAAAAAAAAUAAGAUGAGUACUUUUUCAUCUAAUAAUAAUAAUUUUAAUAAGAAAAAUAAUGGUAAUUUUUAUAAUAAAAACAUGCAUUCUCCAUUUAAAACUCAAAAUAAUCAAAAUAAUGUAUUUUUGUGUAGAAAAUGCAAAAACAAACAUAAAUAUGGGCAAUAUCCAGCCUUUGGUAAAUUCUGUUCUAUAUGUAAAAAACAUAAUCAUUUUGAAUCUUGUUGCGAAAAUAAAUCUAAGAAACUCCAUAAAGAUAGAAUUAACAAAAAGUUUGUAAAUAAUAUUGAAUAUGAUGAUAGUUCCUCCAAUGAUGAAUUUUUUAUUGACUGUUUGAAAAUAGAAUCUUUAAAUUCUGAAUUAUACAGGGGUAAAAAUGAAAAUAAUAACGAAAUUAUAGAAAAUAUUUUAAUUAAUGAAAAUAUUAUCUGUUUUAAGGUUGAUACGGGUGCACAAUGUAAUAUUCUCCCUGCCAAGAUUUUAAGAAUGGUUGCCCCAUCAGCCCUCAACCACAACAGAUUGAUCUAACAGCUUACGGCGGUGCUAGGAUUGAUGUCAAGGAAUCUACAGAGCUUAAUUGUAAGAUUCGUGGCUUAUAGGAGGGGAUGUAACAUAAUACAAUACGUUACAAACGUUGGACGUGCCUAUGCAGCUCAAGACAUGGCGUAUGCCACCGCAGUUCAGCAAGGUAUUGAUAUUAUGGUAACUGGGGAACCGAAUAAAAGAAGAACUAAAGAAGCAAACUGGAUCAAGGACAGCAGGCAUAAUGUGGGGGUCCUAUUUCUGAAUAAAAAGCUUGGCGUAAUAAACCACGUAGUCGGAGAUGGUCACGUAAUUAUCAAACUCAAAGAUCUUGAGCUGAUAUGUUGCUAUAUGGGUGAUUCCAUUAUAACUGUGAUAUUCAAUGUCCUGUAUUGUUUUUUUGUACUAGUUAUUAAUUAAUAAUCAAUUAAUAAAAAUUUUGUGUUAAUUGAAUAAUUCUUAAGAUAUUUAAACAUUAUUUUUAUACAAUAUAACUUGCCACUUAAAGAAAACUUAUACUACAUCACUUGAAUGUCAGUACCGUGUCAUGUCCAUUCCUAGAAUUUACCGAUAAAUUAUUAAUUUUUUUUGUCGUAACAAAUGAUUUAAACUAAUUACCUUAUAAAUUCUAAUGUUUAUGAUCAAACUGAGGAAAAUUGAUGCACUUGUUGUUUAAUAUCUUAAGUUACCAUGU